AACUGAGAAUAAAAACUCCAUUUUGAUCACAGAAGGAAACAUGGCACACAUUAAAGCAACGGAGAGACCUGUGUAAACGGGUUUCCUCUCCAGGUGAAGGUGUGGACUCGGCUAUGAGUCAGUGUGAGGACAGAGAGGAGGGAGCCCCUCCCUCUAAAACCACUCUGUGGGGGGACCAUGGCAGCCAGACCAAAGCUCAGAGCCCAGAGAAGCAGCACAGACCUAGACCUGGACCUGGACCUGGACCUGGACCUGGACCUGGACCUGGACCUGGACCUGGACCUGGACCCAGCUGUGUGUCCAUCAAGAGUGACCGGUCGAAGGAUGUUAUUGUUAAUUUUAAACGACAAGACAAAACGAUCCAUCAGAGACCAGACUGUCCUGGACCUGGACCCAGCUGUGUGUCCAUGAAGAGUGACCGGUCUAAGACUGAACCUCUAUUCUUCAAAAAUGGACGCCCCUCUGUUGCUCAAAGAGUGGACCAGGAGAGUUUAGAAGUUCCCAGUGGUCAGUCUGACCAGCAGCAUCAAACACACCUGGACUCCAUAUUUAUGCUGCUGGAGGAGAACAUCAUCUAUUUUGUGAAGAACGAGUUGAAGAAGAUCCAGAAGGUUCUGAGUCCAGAUUUCCCAGAAUGCUUAGAGAGUCAGAGGGAGGAUGAGGAGGUGUUGGAUGUUGAGGAUGAAGAGCAGAGGAAGAGCAGCAGAGAGGCAUUUCUGAAGCUCACACUGCACUUCCUGAGGAGCAUGAAGCAGGAGGAGCUGGCUGACCGUCUGCAGAUCAGAAGUCUUGCUGCAGUUGGUAAGGAUAAACUCAAAUGUAAGCUGCAGAAGAAGUUCCAGUGUGUGUUUGAGGGGAUUGCUAAAGCAGGAAACCAAACCUUUCUGAAUCAGAUGUUCACAGAGAUCUACAUCAUAGAGGGAGAGACUGCAGAGGUCAAUGCUGAACAUGAGGUCAGACAGAUUGAAUCAGCAUCCAGGAAACUAGACAGACCAGAAACAACAAUCAGACAAGAAGACAUCUUUAAAGUCUCACGUAGAAGUGAUGAACCAAUCAGAACAACCAAUCAGAGUCUCCUACGAGGUCUGAUGACACAGAUAGGAAAUAGCUCAGUGACCAAUCAGAAAACAGUUGAGUACAUCAAGAAGAAGAUCGAGAAGGCUCUUCUGAGCCUGCUGCCAGUGGUCAAAGCCUCCAAGAAAGCUCUUCUGAGAGAGCUGGACCUUAGUAACAACGAGCUGCAGGAUUCAGGAGUGAAGCUGCUGUCGGCUGGACUGACGAGUCCACACUGCAGACUGGAAACUCUUAGUCUGUCAGGCUGUCUGGUGUCAGGGGAAGGCUGUACUUCUUUGGCCUCAGCUCUGAGCUCCAACCCCUCCCACCUGAGAGUGCUCGACCUGAGCUACAAUCAUCCAGGAGACUCAGGAGUGAAGCUGCUGUCAGCUGGACUUAAGGAACCAAACUGGAGACUGGACACUCUCAGGACGGACCAUGUUGGACUGCAGAGACUGAGACCUGGUGUGAGGAAGUAUGUCUGUGAACUGGAACUGGACACAAACACAAUAAACAGAUACCUCAAACUGUCUGACAACAACAGGAAGGUGACCUAUGUGGGAGAGGAUCAGUCAUAUCCUGAUCAUCCAGAGAGGUUUGACUACUGGUCUCAGCUGCUGUGUAGAGAUGGUCUGACUGGUCGCUGUUACUGGGAGGUUGAGAGGAGAGGAGAGGUUAAUAUAUCAGUGAGUUACAAAGGAAUCAGGAGGAGAGGAGACGGUAAAGACUGUUGGUUUGGACGUAAUAAUCAGUCCUGGAGUCUGAUCUGCUCUGAUGAUCGUGGUUACUCUGUCUGUCACAUUAACAGAGAAACAGCCCUCACUUCCUCCUCUGUCUCUAACAGAGUAGCAGUGUAUGUGGACUGUCCUGCUGGCUCUCUGUCCUUCUACACAGUCUCCUCUGACUCACUGAUCCACCUCUACACCUUCAACACCACAUUCACUCAGCCUCUCUAUCCUGGGUUUAGAUUCUGGUCAUAUAGUUCCUCAGUGUCUCUGUGUCAUCUGCAGGACUGAGAGUCUCUCCUGUGGACAGAAAAACUGACUGAAGAUCAGCUGCUGAAAUCAAAGUUCAGUCUGUUCACCUUCCCACACACUCUGCACUGUGAAGCAGAUCUGUCUCUGUCUGAAAUACAAAACAUUAAUUUCCCUUACCAAAAAAAAGUAUACUUCAAGUUCAUUUUAUUUGGUAAACUUCAGUAAAGUUCAAGUAUAUUUCCCAAGUAUACUUUACAUAGUAAGUAUACUAAUAUCAAUGCACUAGUGGUAUACUUAUAAGUGUACUACUUUAAAGGGGUAAAGGGGUAAAGGUACUUCAUUGUCACAUACUCAUACAAUUCAUUCUCUGCAUUUAACCCAUCCCUCAAGGGAGCAGUCGCCAGCUAGUUUAAUACUUCUUGGGACUAAAUUGGCCCACUUUUUAGUAUAUCAAUUAUAAAAUAUAAAAUGUAUGUAUACUUUAAGUGUAAAAGUAGUAAAGUUUGAGUACACAAAUAGUUUAUAUUUAAGUUUUAUUUUGUACUGGAACUAUACUACAAGUGAACUUAUAGAUAUACUGCUAGUUUACUAGUUAUAUGCUUCUAGCCCACUUUUUAGUUUAUGAAAGUACACUUCUAAGUAUACUCUCAGUAAACUCCUGGUUUAAUAGUUUUUAUAUUGCAAGUAUACUUGUAAGUUUUUUUAAAGUGAACUUUACAUCAUACUUAUAGUUUACUAUUUAUAUAUAUUUUUUUGCAUUUCAAAGUAUACUACUAGGUUUCUAUUUAGGUAUUAGUUUUUAUACUUGAAAUAUAUCUUUAAAUGUACUUUAAGUACUGUAGAGUUGACGUUAACUCACAUGUACACUACCACUGGACUACACAUAUACAUACUCACGCAUACUACAGAUUGAAAAUAAUUUUUUUCUUUAUAAAUCAAAAAUUUCAAUCAAAUACUGUUUUAGAUGUCAUCCUGGUUCAAACAAAACACAACAAACAGUAUGAACAUAAUCUUUAGGGUCACAGGCUACCCACAAACAGGUUGUACACCUCUAUUUUCAGCACUUGGCAGAGGAACCACAAAACUCAAAGUUCUUUUCAUAUGGUCUUCUUUGCAGUGGCUUGCUUGGCAUAACUUUCGUUGUUGCAUUUUUUUCUUAUGAUGCAUCUGACAUCAUGCAUGCUGAUGUUAGGAAACUUCAACAGAGCAUGGCCUGUGGGUUAAAACACACACACAAACAAAACAUUACUUCAUGUCAUCAUGCGUUCAUUCAUGAACUCGUUCAUAUUUUGGGUGAACGUGAACUGAACGUGCCGUAUUACUGCCUGAUGAACAUUACUGUGA